AGCCGCGCUGUGCCGCCCCGCGACGCAAACCGCACGAGUGAAGGAAUUCCGUGAGCGCGCUCGCUCGGCUCGACGGCUGCUCCGUCAUUUCACGGCGGACUCAUUGCACGGCAGAUACACGAUUGAACUUUUCCCCUCCGUCUCCCGGCCGAGGGGAUUGGAAUGGAAAUGUUUGCUUACAGCUCAGUAAGAUCUUGAAGCCUGUACCAGGUCCUUGAGAGAGAAAACUACAUGACACUACACCAUGAGUGACAGUAAAUCCGAUAGUCAGUUUUACAGUGUUCAAGUUGCAGAUUCAACAUUCACUGUACUAAAACGUUACCAGCAAUUGAAGCCUAUAGGAUCAGGGGCACAGGGCAUUGUUUGUGCUGCGUUCGAUACGGUCCUUGGAAUAAACGUUGCUGUAAAGAAGUUGAGUCGUCCUUUUCAGAAUCAAACCCACGCAAAAAGAGCUUACAGAGAGCUUGUUCUUUUAAAAUGUGUCAAUCACAAAAAUAUAAUUAGUUUAUUAAAUGUAUUUACACCGCAGAAGUCACUAGAAGAAUUUCAGGAUGUAUAUUUGGUUAUGGAGCUGAUGGAUGCCAACUUGUGCCAAGUUAUUCAUAUGGAAUUGGAUCAUGAAAGGAUGUCUUAUCUCCUUUACCAGAUGCUAUGUGGUAUCAAACAUCUCCACUCAGCUGGUAUCAUCCACAGAGAUUUGAAACCCAGCAACAUAGUAGUAAAAUCAGAUUGUACACUCAAAAUCCUUGAUUUUGGACUGGCAAGAACAGCGUGUACUAAUUUUAUGAUGACUCCAUAUGUAGUAACACGAUAUUACAGAGCGCCAGAGGUUAUCCUUGGAAUGGGAUAUAAAGAGAAUGUUGAUAUCUGGUCAGUUGGUUGCAUCAUGGGAGAAUUGGUGAAAGGUUGUGUGAUAUUCCAAGGCACUGAUCAUAUUGAUCAAUGGAAUAAAGUAAUUGAACAACUAGGAACGCCUUCAGCAGAAUUCAUGAAGAAACUACAGCCUACAGUGAGGAAUUAUGUAGAAAACAGGCCAAAAUAUCCAGGUAUUAAAUUUGAAGAGCUCUUUCCAGACUGGAUAUUUCCAUCAGAAUCAGACCGUGACAAGUUAAAAACCAGUCAAGCUAGAGAUUUAUUAUCAAAAAUGCUUGUAGUAGAUCCAGACAAGAGAAUUUCCGUAGAUGAGGCCUUACGUCAUCCCUAUAUUACUGUCUGGUAUGAUCCAGCUGAAGCAGAAGCUCCUCCACCUCAAAUUUAUGAUGCACAGCUGGAAGAGAGAGAACAUGCAAUUGAAGAAUGGAAAGAAUUAAUAUACAAAGAGGUAAUGGAUUGGGAAGAAAGAAGCAAGAAUGGUGUGGUAAAAGAUCAGCCCUCAGAUGCAGCAGUGAAUAGCAACACCAGUCCUUCCCAGUCAUCAUCUAUCAAUGACAUUUCAUCCAUGUCAACAGAGCAAACAUUGGCUUCAGAUACAGACAGCAGCCUCGAUGCCUUGACAGGACCCCUCGAAGGAUGCCGAUGAUCAGCCGGGAUUGCAGACUUACCUUUGGAAAAGAACUCUUGCUUCCAUUGGGCCUGAAUUGCUUGUAAGUUAAUGGAACAAAGUAGAAAAACUCCAUGUUCUGCAUGUUCUGCUAAAGUAAUGCCUGUUUUUAUGUUUACUCAGUUGUUAUGAAACUGCCUGCUUAAUGUUGUAGAAUGAAAGCAAAUCAAUGUCUAAGGAGCAAAAAAAAAAAAAAAAAAAAAAAAGUUUAGACACUAUUACAGGCUUUUCUUUGUUUCAGCCUAUUUCAGGUGAGCAGUUAUAAUAGGCUUCUAGCCAAUAACUUCUCUUGAGUGAGUUCAUGCAUCUUCAGUCCUAACUGGCAGGCUUUGUGACAUCAAUGGUUGUUUACAUUUUAGUACAGUAUUGCUCACUUGUAGGUUUUUUGAAUGUACAGUGUCUAUGAAGUUUGUUUUAAUGUGUGACUAUGGCAGCGUGCAUUAUUUAACGACUGGAGUGUUGUGUGUAAGUGUUAACUCGCAUGUUGAACACUCUCAGUACUGUGUUUAAGGGCAGUUACUUUUCCAUAUAGCACUUUUUUGAGCCCUUUCUGUCUUCGCUUCCCAACGGUUCUAUCUUCUUGUAGAAGAGAAAAACACAGUGUUCAAAGAGUAUAGCCAUACCUUCAUAUUUCAUCAACAAAUAUAUCUGACUCUUUUCUAGUUAUUUAAACGUGGAUGGAAGAUACAGUGGCUUAGUUCAAUUUUAAGGAAGGAUGGGUGACAUUUGUGAGACUGUGCCUGUUUAAAGGAGGGCAGAGUGCUAAAUUGUUUUGUAUUUUUUUUAGCUCGUGAUACUGAUCCUUUAACUGAAACAGAAAAGGAAAUUACAUAUGUGAUGCUCUUCAUUCAGUAACAGGUGAAUCGGAGAGACUUGCAGUCUAAGUGGCCUGAAAAAGAGCUGCAUAAAUGUUUUCCAUUUUUUUAAAUGGGUCCAUUCUAUCUAGUGAGUAAUUAAAAAAAUAAAGAUACAGUAGCUUUGAGUCAUUUGUCAAUUAAUUAUUUACUGAACAGAACUUAGCUGUAGUUCCAAAUUGAGAAAUCCUCUCUAUUUUUACUGGGAGAGGAAAUCAUAAUGUAUUGAAUAUGUACAUUUUCUAAAUACAGUGUCAGAGGAGAGGAGAUUAUUUCUGUUUCGACACACACUUCUCAAUGCAGUUUUCAGGACUGUAUAACACAGGCACCAUUCUUAGAAAAUGUUUGUGAUAGAGUAGGGCUUAAAUUACCAGGUACUGCACACCUGAAUGUGUGCACAUCCCUUCAGAGCAGUUGUGUGAAGUUCUGCUAAAGGAUUUUGUGUGUGUGUGAGUGUUUGAGAUAAACUGUAUGACUGUGACAGUAACAGAGAUGUGCAAGACAAGGUAAAACACCACUUUCUUAAAGGCACUGUAUUCAGCUGAUGAUCCAGCUACUGCUGACCUGAAUAUAUACAGAGAACUUACAAAUGUGCUGGCAUAGCUAGCUGCUGCAUUAUGGAGAUGUUUAGUACACUCUUGUAGAAGAGAACUGACCCUUCUUUCUGACCUUAGGAUUUGAAAGCAGCAGUUUUUUCUAAUGCAAACAUUGCUUUCAUGUUACAAAUUGUACCUGUAUGGUUAUAAACAGCUUAAUUUGGUGUAGCAAAAAUACUGAGUUUGGCUGUCCCAGAAACUAAAAUGCAAUGCAGUGCUGUUAUGUUAACUUCAGAAUGUUCAUCUGGAAUUAUGAUUUUUUUUUCUAAAGAAAUAUGAGUUGUAGGACAUUGAGGGCUUGGGUUUUUAGCUGUUUGGUUUAAAACCAGUUUAUUUGGAUAUUGAUGAUAUAUAUGGAGUAUUUUUAGUGCAUUUUUUGUCACUGACAAAAAAUAUAUAUAUAUAAAAUAGCUACUACUGUACAGCAAUACAGUACAGGUUGCUGUUCUUUUGUAUUUUUUUAAUCACUGUUAUAUGUGUAAAUUAAAAUUAUUAAAGACACCUAUUCAAAAUUACUAUUAGUGAUUUCAGACUAGCUGUGGUUUUGUUCCCUUCCUCUUCAGCCCAUCAAAAGAUGCAACCACUAUGGAAUAGGACUAAAAACAAGCAAAAAAACCCCAAAAUAACAGAGAAGCUAAUAGUUGAAUCUCAGAAGUUAGCUAUGCUUUACUGAUUGUUCCUAGCAAUGUUUUCAGAAGUGACCAGUGGCAUAAUGGUGUUAAGCCAGUAGUUUUUUAUAAAGGGAUGGCUUUCCUGACAAUACAAGCUUAGCAUUCUCUUCAAAAACAGCAUCCUGUGAACAAUCUCAUACUGGUCAUCUGUAGUCUCUGCCUUCCUUUUUUAGAAGGCUGUCUGAAGUCUUUGAGGAGUGGUAGAAUGCAGCAUUUUAUACAUUUCAUGUUACACUUGAUGAAAAAGCUUUUUUGUUUAUAUGAACAUGAGGGACAAAGAUCUCCAGCAGUUUAUUAAUCUCCUGCUCUAACAACUGCAGAGCAAAUCUGUCCCAUUUACCUGCCUAGUAACUGACUGUGUCUCUUCCUGUUUUACACCAGAGCCCUCUGUAAAGUCACCUCCGUGCAUUUUGAUAUUCUUGAUUCACUAUGGCAGUAAUCUUCUGGAGUUUAUUAUUCAAGAUUUAUUUUUAUCAUUUUCAACUGAAGUUGCACUGUAAUACAUUCAUCGUUUUAACCUUUACUGUUUCAGAAGGUUUAAUGCUGCAAAGAUUUUUCGUGUCAUUUAGAUACCAGAUGGCCUCCAGGUCUCUUCCAACCCAAAUUACUCUGUGAUUCAAGUGGUUUUCUUAUGUUGUUUUUUGGUUUUGAACACAGAACAGCCCUGUCUGCAUGAUGUGAACUGAUAUCUGACCUUCUCCUGGUAUAUACUGUUAUCUCACAUGUUUUGAGCAAAAAAAGCCCUGAGAUUGAGCUUCUUUGUGAAUCUUCCUGUAAGAAAAGCUAUUCCAUACCUCAUGUUCUUAAUGGCUUCUCGCUGUUGCACACUUUGAAGUUUCUAAAUUCUACCAAAACAUCAUUGCCUAUGGAGUAUGCAUGAGAUGAAAAGUAGGAUUGUGGAUUUCCAGAAUAACUGAAAACAAACUGCUAAGAGCCCAAAUAAACAUCCAGUUCUCAGAGAAAGCAGAUAAGCAGAUUAUAUUCAGCAAAGCACAUGCAGAAUAGAUGCAUGCUGAAGUUCCCAUGCUGUUCCAGUGUGCACAUAGAGACUGCAUAUGCACUGCAUGCAGGCUUUACGUUGGUUGUAUUCCUGGCUGCAGGUUAAGUUUGGUGCAACAUCUGUGUAAUGGUUAUGGAUGCUGUGAGAUCCCAUCACUGUGGAAAGCAAAAUGCACAUGUAACUUCACAGGGGUUUGAAAGUAUAGAGAGUUUGGUGUGCAAUAUAAUCACUUUUAUUCCUAAUACUAAAAUCAUGUAUGUAAAGUGAUGCAAUUGACCAUUUUUUUGCACUUUGGCAUUUAUAAAUAUUUAUAUGUAUUUAAAGAUUAAGAAUGUGUGUAUACAUAUGCAUAUAUAUAAUAGAAACCUGCUCAGUUUUGUGAACACAAAUGUUACCUUUCUGUAUGAGUAUGGGAGGCUUUGUUUAGUGUUAACACUACUGCAGUGAACAUAAGCAAUUUAUGAAGUACAACUAAAAAUAAGUGAUGGUCAACAUAGAUGCAAUCUGUAAUCUUAACUGCUCACCUGAAGAGGAAAAAAAAACAAAAAAAAAAAGGAAAAUCUAUGGCUAUUAAUCAGAUUCUUUACCAGAAACCUUGAAAGAUGUAUGAACACUGAGUAGCUGACUGGCAUUGCAGAAAUGGAGUAUGUUUUAAAGGUUUAUCUGCGCUCAUAUCGUUUUUCCUCAAAAAGAAAAAACCCCAAAAACCCUUGGAAGGAGAACCCUGGCGUUU